AGUACUAAGGUAAUCAAAACUUAUCCCUUUUUGGGUAUGUACAGUAAUUUCAGCUAACUCACAGCCGAUUUGUACAAACCAUCCCCCCUUCUGCACUUUUUCAGGAGAGAAGGGAAAUAAAACCUGAAAGUGAACACUCACAAAACUGGGAAACCAAAAGCACAUCCAAGUUUCAACUCAAAACAGCGACAUUACUUCAUUAAAGAAGAAAACAACGAAAGAAAUCCCAAAUUCUCUUUCAACUACUUCUUUGAUUCUGUCUAUUCUUUUGUUGUUUCUUUUGGCAGUGUAAAAGAAUGGAGCAAAUUUUAGCUAUCUUCAAGCUUGAAGCUUGUGGAAUCAUCUAGGAACCACAACAACACCAACAACAGAAAAGCUCUACUCAUUUUUUGCUUUGUUCUUUUCUAGUUUUUCUUAAACACAAACAAAAGGUUGAUGGGGAGGGGUUGCAGGAGGAUGAUAGCAGGGAAUUUGGAUCCAGAAAGUGCAAGAAGUGGUGGGUUGAGAGCCAAGCAAGCUGGGCGAGGCUCUUGCAGAGGAAGCUAGCUUUAUUUUCUUUAUUUUUUUAUGAAUGUGAGAUAUUAUAAAGAUUGAAUCUUCACUCGUUUUUUGUUGGUUGCAUUGCCUGCAAAUAUCUGUAUAUUUUGAGAAGUAAGAAAAAAAAAUAUGAGUGGUUUGUUGAAAGAAGCUUUGAAGUCGCUCUGUGGGGUGACUCAGUGGUCUUAUGCUGUCUUUUGGAAAAUUGGCUGCCGGAAUACUAAGUUACUAAUUUGGGAGGAAUAUUACUAUGAAUCUACACUGCCAGGACUUCGGUACCCUGAAUUGCUGUUUCAAGAGUGGGGCGAAUGCUGUGGUUCAGACACUUCCUCUCAGCUUGGUUGCCAACCAUGGGACAAAGUUGGUUUGCUGAUUAGCAAAAUGAUGAAUAAUCGCAUUGUUAUAGUCGGCCAAGGGUUAGUCGGCCGAGCUGCAUUUACCGGGAAUCAUCAGUGGAUUCUUGCAAACAGUUACAUGACAGAUUCUGAACCCCCAGAGGUUCUAAAUGAGUUGCAUCUCCAGUUUUCUGCCGGCAUGCAGACCGUUGCAGUUAUUCCUGUUUUUCCUCAUGGUGUUCUUCAGCUUGGGUCUUCCACAACUAUUAUGGAGAAUAUGGGAUUUGUGAACGAUGUAAAGAGCUUAAUUUUGUGUUUGGGAUGCAUCCCUGGAUCUCUUUUCUCUGACAGUUGUGGAACAAGUGAAUGUGUUGAGAAUAUUAGGAUCCCCAUUUCUAUGGAAAAGCCCGUUUCAAUGGAUUCAGCUGGAAUUUAUUGGUCAACGAAUUCCUCGAUUUUAGUUACUGAAGGCUGCAACCAACAAAGCAGAAGUGAAUGUGUUGAGAAUAUUGGGAUCCCCAUUUCUAUGGAAAAGCCCGUUUCAAUGGAUUCAGCUGGAAUUUAUUGGUCAUCUCAGGCUUCGGGGAUUAUUGGUGAAUCAUCCUUUCCCACAAAACAGAUUCAAGAAAACCAGACUUUGUGGCUGAACCCUCAUGUUUCUUUUUGCAACUCGCAGUCCGAGUUCAAUUGUCAGCCUGUAAUUGGUCAAUCAGCUGCCAGUCAUAGCAACUUAAAAUCAAUGGAGAAACUGAUUGUGUUGGAUACUGGUCUGCAAAAUCAUAUUACCAACAGCACUAGUACAUCAAAUAGUCAAAAUAAACCAAAACCAAUCCCAGACAUUGUCCCAAGCUUGGAGAAAGUAGAAGAUGUUACUUUAUCCAUCCCGGCCAAUCAAUUAUCUAGCAUUGCCAUAUUUUCAGGAGUUUCUAAUCAGGGGCAUGAUUCUGAGGAUUCUAAGCGUAGUCGAGCUGAUGUGGUUUCGAACAAAGAAAGUAAGGAUAAUGGUUUGUUUCAAGCACCUAAUAUUCCAUUGCUUCCCUUUGAUGAUGGCUUAACUUUUAGCAAGCAACUCCCAAGUAAAAGUUUCAGUACAAGAUCACCGAAUUCUAAGUACGAAGAUGAUUGUAUCAAGCCGCCAUCAAGGGAUGACUUGUUUGAUGUGUUGGGGGCUGAUUUAAAGAGUAAACUACUCGAUGGGAAAUUGAAUAAUGCGCUUGCUCAGGGACCAGAUUCUAAGAUGCAAAAUAUAGAAAAGGAUACUUGGGUGUUUAGGGAUAUGCACAAUGUGUAUUCUGAUACUUUUACAGCUAACGAAGGGAUAACCGACCAGGGCACUCAUUCUUCGGUGGUUACAGAUCAUCUUUUGGAUGCUGUGGUUUCUAGUGCACAAUCCACUGCAAAGCAGAUAUUAGAUGAUGAUGAGUCGUGCAGGACAACAUUGACUAAUUUCAGUAACUCCUCGGUUCAAUUCAGUUCUCCAACCUUUGGCCGGGUUAAUAUUUUCAAUCAAGUGGAAAGGGAGUUACAUGGCGGCCUUCCUAAGUCGUCGUUAAAAGGGGGAACUCCUACAUCCUGUUCUUUUCGAUCUGGCUGUAGCAAGGAUGAUGCUGGGACUUGUUCUCAAACUACUUCUCUUUAUGGGUCUCAAAUCAGUUCAUUGGUUGAGCUGGGUCAUACUACAAGGCACAAUAGCAGUCUCUCGACUGCAUAUUCAAAGAGGAAUGAUGAAACAAGCAAACCGAAUCGCAAAAGGCUAAAACCUGGAGAAAACCCUAGACCGAGGCCCAAAGAUCGGCAGAUGAUACAAGAUCGAGUGAAAGAGUUGAGAGAAAUUGUGCCAAAUGGAGCCAAAUGUAGCAUAGAUGCUUUGCUAGAAAAGACAAUCAAGCACAUGCUUUUCAUGCAAAGUGUAACAAAGCAUGCAGACAAGAUAAAACACAUGGGCGAGUCUAAGAUUAAGGAGAACUUCAAGGGAGGAACCACAUGGGCAUUUGAAGUCGGGUCUCGAUCAAUGAUCUGCCCUAUUAUAGUUGAGGAUCUGAAUCCACCUCGUCAAAUGCUUGUGGAGAUGCUUUGUGAGGAACAGGGUUUCUUUCUGGAAAUAGCGGACUUAAUCCGGGGAAUGGGAUUGACCAUCUUGAAGGGAGUUAUGGAAACUAGGAAUGACAAGAUAUGGGCGCGUUUUGCAGUGGAGGCAAACAGGGAUGUUACGAGGGUGGAGAUAUUUAUGUCGCUUGUUCGCCUUUUGGAGCAAACGGUAAAGGGCUGUACAUCAUUGGCCAAUGGUUUGGAUAGCAACAAUAUGAUGGUUCAGCAAUCGUUUCCCCAAGCUGCCUCUAUACCUGCAACUGGAACAGCCAGUAGCUUACAGUGAACCAGCUUAUUGGCUGGUUUUCGCCCUUAGAUAUGUUGAGAGCGAGCCCUAGCUUUGCUCGCCAUGACUAACAUACAGUUUGUGGAUUUCGGUGGUUCCAAUCUGACCCUUUUAAUGUUUCAUCUCCGGCUUGACGGACCACUUGGGGGGCGAUUCAUUCAUGGAGUGAAAAUUUUCUUAAAACAACUUUCAUAUGACACUCUUUUUGAACAUGGAGGGUUUUCUUUAAAUGUUUUAUAACUAGCGACAGUACUGAGCCAAUUUGCUGUAAUUUGCUGCAUUAUCCUUGCUGUUGAAUGGCAUUGUAUGCUGGUCCCUGACCUUCAGUGUGAAUUUGAUAUGAAUAUAUCGGCUCUUCUAGUAUCAACUGUAAAUUAUGACCCACGCAUUUUGACUUUGCCAACAAA